AUGGCAAAGCUCAUUCUCAUCCUCGCGGCACAAAUCCUCCUCCUCGCCAUCACCGUUGCCUCCGCUGGAAAAAACGGUGAAGACUUCGCAAGAAGAGUUAGUCGAAAACACCUCCAUCAUGGCCUCGGUAAAAAAGAAAAAUCACACAUCUCCGUGCUAUUGGCACGAAAUUUUAAGUGGUCGAAACCCAAGCUCCAUCAUGAUCCAUCGACCGGUUCCGAACUACUCAACUUCCUCAUUCAGUCAUUCUUUGGAUCAAUGACCAUGAUCGACAAUGCUUUAACAUCAGAUGUGCCUAUUAACUCGAUUGUGGUGGGCCAAGCGCAAGGGAUGUACGCCGGAGCAGACCAAAAGGAGCUAGGGUUCUUGAUGGCUAUGAACUUUGCUUUUAAGACAGGGAAACAUGCACAAUGGGAGAAGCAUAACUAUUCUUGGGCGGAACGUAGUGAUGUCAAGGGUUUGUGA